CACGGGAAUUUUAUAUAUUAGAUUUUUAAUUUAAAUGGGUACAUAAUAGGAAGAAAAAACAUCGAUAUCAGAUUCGAUCGUUAUAUAUCGAUUUUGUUUGUUUCACGAAAAUUCUGUCACUCUUAGAUGAAAACUGCGCUUGUUAUCUUAGCGUAAAUACACGCGUAGGUGAUAGCAUCCGUCUCUACCCACGACAUAUUUUCGCUAAAACCGAAAGUCCCGAAUCAAAAAUAGUAUAUCAUAUGGAAAGGCAUCUGAAUCACAGCAAACAUUGUAUGCAGUUUGUAAAUUAGUAAAAGAACAAAAUUGAAGAAAAAAGAGUUUUAUUAAUUUAAUUACAGUGUAAAAAUCUUAUAGUUAAUUUAACGUUCUUUUUUAAGUUUUCUAAUUUAUUACGCUACUAACUAUGGCGUUUCGUACCAGCGCAAUUAUUGCGAAGAUUCCUACUUAAAACGGCUUUGAUACAACAAAGCUGAACAGCAUAAGUUAGCAAGCAAACCCGCGAGCUACCACUAGGUAUGAGACGUACAAUUUUGCAACACAAGCAGCUCUCGGUGUCGGUAUAUCUGUGUAUAAAGUUUGAGUAAUAAGGAGAACAAUCACGGAUGCUCUCGGCGUCGCCCCUCCGUGAUACCUGCGCCGGCGCACAGCGCGCAGUCUUCGUCGACGGCCGACCGUCGCGAGCGCAUCCUUACGCGUCUCUAAAGCUACCACUGCACCGCAGUUCGAUUGUCGUCAAGUGAACACAAGUGACAGAGUGACAUAACUUUUCAGUUAGUGAUACGUUUUUGGUAACGUGUGAAAAUUACGUUUUGGGUACAUUUUCUCUGCGGAUAAUCUGACAGUCCACGAAAAAGCAACAUAUUGAUCAGCCAUGCGGUGGAGGCGGAGUGAGUCGAGCGACAUGAUGAAGACGAUACUACUGAUUGUUGUUAUGAUAUGCGCCUGUGAUGGAGCACGGCGUACAGCGCAAAGGCGACAGGACUCGGAGUUGUACGCUCCAGCGCCCAGCGUGGAGAGCCUGCAGGAGAUAGCGCAAGCGAUGGGAGCAGCCGGCUUCGAGCACUACACGGAGGGCAAGGCGCUGGUCAAGAGGCUCAUACCGCCUGAAAACAAGCCCGAGGACAUCGUCGAGUAUCAAGGUGUGAUAGGCAGGGCUGGCGUGGACUUCCCGGCGUUCCCCAACAUCCCACCCACAGGGUUUAACUGCAAGAACGUGCCCACCGGAUACUACGCUGACUUGGAGACUGAUUGCCAGGUAUUCCACAUAUGCGACACAUCACGCAAGAUCUCGUUCUUAUGUCCCAACGGUACCAUCUUCAGCCAGUCGCACCUCAUAUGUGACUGGUGGUUCAAGGUGGACUGCGCCUCCGCCCCAGCCCUCUACGAGUCCAGCGCCGAAUACUACUCCAACGAACAGAAGAAAAGCCAGAAGAUCACUCAGAGCCUUAGCAAAAACCAGGACCUUCAACAGAUAGGUGCUGACUCCAACAUCCGGGCCGAGUCGAGGCGCACGCCCGUCAAUGUGGCCAGCACGACUGAACGACUGCUCAGGAGCAGACAGCGACAGACCGAGAUCCCUAAAGCCACAGCCAAGACCUUCCAAGCCCUGUUCACAGACACUUUCAGUCCUACUCAACGUACUGCCGCCACUACUGCCUUCGAACAGCGUAGAAAGAGUUUAGUUCAACUCAUAUCUACCAACUUCGGCAACAUUCCAGCCAGAUCAACACAAGCCACUUACACGGAGUCUCCAGUAUACAGAAGUACUGCUGACUUCAAUCUGCGAGAAAUGCAGGUUGCGGCGGAGACUGCUGCCUUCGCAAACAAUAACAACAGACAAUACCUUCAGGAUCUGCACAACAAAAACUACCGGCCGUACCCGGUAUACACGCCGAACUUACCGGUAAAGUCGAAAACCAAAAAUAAUCCUAAUUUGACGACCCUGUAUGAUAUUCGUGACAAAAAUGCAGCGCCCUCAACUCCUGAACCGACGACGACAAAACGUCCCACUUUGUUGCCAUACACAAGAAGUUACUCCACAAUAAUUGAAAAGCAAGAACCCUAUACAAGACCCGGAGUAUCUCUGCUGAAAGGUUUUCUACAAAAGGAAAAGAAUAAGACUUUGGCAGCAAUAACAACAACAACGGAAAAAAUAACGCAAACAACGGCAAGAACCGACGGUGAUAAACCGAACAAGGUCACUAUUGAAACGAAAGACUCCUUUGAAUCAGCGACGAAGAUACCUCACACGACGAGAGCCGACUUGUACACUGAAACAGCUUCAUCUGACCGCUACGACGUUUACUCUACUACGAACCAAGAAACACAAGUCACUACUGAAGCCUCUUACCAAGAACGUCGUGAAAGACUCAUGAGGAAAUUGAAUUUAGACAGAUUCGGACCCACUGGACCUACGGAACCUUCUGCUCCUGCGAGUAUCACCGACAGACAAUUUGGUGAACAAUCCAACAGACCUGGAAUAGCUGUGCCCCCAUCUCUCACCCCGAAGACGUUGCAUAGCCUGGCCAUUUACUACGCGACUGCGUUAGACAAUUUGUCGACAACCUCGACUCCUGAAGAAAAUGAGACAGCGACGCCACCCUUCGAUGAGUACGAGGCUAUGGAAGAAGUCCUGCCAGCGCUGUUCAGUCGUCAAACCAUUAAUAAAUACAGCAACCUGUUCGGUCACACAGCACCAAGCGCGGAGUUAUUAGAAGAGAUUAGAGAAGAUCCUAAUGGAACGUACAAUGAGUUAGCUGAAGAUUUAACUGUACAGCAAAGCCAAAACCCACUGGCCACCUCUCCUCAAAUCAGGGAACUGGCUCAAGUAUUUACACAUGCUUUAUCUGCAUACCUGCAAGACCCAGUUCAGUUCAGAAAAGUGUUAUCAGAUAUCAGACCUACGCAUCCAUCAUUUGGGGACCUGUUAACCACGACUGAAGAAUCUGUUAAUACCGAACCAACGACAACAGUUAACGAGGAAGAUGACGAAAUAUUAGGUUUCUCUGAUGAUCAUAAAUCAGUGCCAGCAUUAUCCAAUUCACGAGAACCAAAGGCUUUAGGUAUUCCUACAGCGUUUCCUAUCAGAGAAGAGAUAACAACUACUCUGAAACCAACAACAGAAUACGUGCCGUCGCCAUACAGUACUUUUUCUACCACUCCUAGGAGUCCAUUCAGAUGCUGUGGAAGAAUAUCAGCCUCGUACACUUCUCCUUCUACUGCCGGGACUCCAAGCACUCCCCUGUACAGCAACACAGUAGCCGUUAAUGCAAAUCUCCGAUUGGCCAACAAUUACAGCGAAUCGAUAACGACAACGGAAAGCGAUUAUUCCGUUCCCAAAUAUGGUGGCUUCCAAAAUAAUGCUUUGACAUUAAACGAUUCUCCUUACGGCACAAACGGAUUGUCUACAGCAGGUAAACCAUUGAGCGAGUACGUUGAAGCAACUAACUUGCCUUCUGCUUGGGGAAUAGAUCCGUCUGUCUCAACUACCAGUGAUUUCGAAAGUAAAAAGAUCAGAACUACCACAGCGUUACCUACAACUACUUCAGUCUACUUUACAGAAACAGAAAGUGUUGAAUUAGAAAACGACGAAGAAUUACAAAGAGCUCAUAGUCAAUCGUUUGCUGCGCCUCAAGCCAAUAGCAUAAGACAUGGCAAGCAAUUAAACUUCGAGUCGGAACCGUUGAAAAAACCCGCUGAAGAUCUAGAAGCUCCUACCAUACCCAGUGAAGAUCUGACAACCGAGCAAACAACACCACAGCCUACUACCAUCAGAGUUACGGAGACGGAAAGCCUUACGACUACUCCAACAGUACCCGAUACAGUGUUCACUUCACCUGACAGCGACAAGACAACAGCUAACCAGUUCACUUGGUCGAGCACUUAUGGAAACUGGCAGAGUACCGUCAUAGAUCCUAUCACACUUAACGAUGGGUUAAGCCAAACAGCGCCAGAAAACCAAGGGCUAUCGGAAAACACUUACAUACCAAGCACUGCCACCACAACAGAAUACGCUCCUACCGAGCAAACAGUUUCUCCUACAUUCAAUUAUGAAAUAACCACACAAGAGACCAAAGAAAAGUCUGAAAGACAAGGAAAGCUGCUCAGAGACUACUCAUCUACGGAACCCGCACAGGACCUAACGACAAUUAGUGAUACUGUUGUAGAAAAGGCAAAGGAAAUCAUGAACGCAACCACAGCUGAGAAGCUAAUGAACGUUAUGAAGAAAACGAAAUCAAAAACAGUGAAGAGGCUUAUACUGCUGUUAAUUCAAACGUGUGAUGACGACCACAACACUACCGCUGAAGCAUCUAAGAAAGCCUUGCUCGAAGCUCUCAUGGCUGUCUCUCAAAAAGACAUGGAGGAUAUAGCUAAAGAGGAAGAAGCUACAGAAGUUCCAACAACAGAAACUAACGUAUUCAGAAGAGUUGAUAGAAUAGAAAGGACAAGAGGAGACAGGAGAGGUAAAAGCCUAAACUUCGAUCCUAGCGCAAUCAACUCCCUAUCAAAUGCGCUUACUACAGAAAGGGUGCGAACAACGGAAGAUUUAGAAACAGUUUCUACAACAAUCAGUCCUAUCACAACUAGUACGGCAAGUCGAAGAGGUGUUAAGAAAUUCAACACGAGAACAACAACAGUUGAACCUAAAACUACUACAAAACUACCUUUUAUAGAUGCUCCUAUAGCUGAAGCUAGGGUUGCACCUUCCAGUGACGCGAAAGCUUCGUCAGAUACUAGGGCGUUAGAAUUAUUAAGGUCGCUUUACUCCAUCGCAGCGCGGUGGGGUUGAAAACUCUUUAGUGUUCUAAGGAUCCUGAUCCUGUUUUUAUAUUUAGGGUUGAGUCCAGUGAGGUGUAAUUAUUUUAUAUUUUAGAUCAGAUACCGGGUGGUUGGCGUUGCCUUUGUAACUUGUUUUCAGAUAUUAAAAAAAUUAAAGAGAGCUCUACAAUUUGAGCCGAUAUACAUUACAAGUUACUCCUUAAAAACCAAUAACUUUGUCAGUAAUACAAAAUUCACAUUAAAAAGUAGACAUUGUUGCUAAUUACGUAAAGAUAGGUUAUAAAGACCGAACACACUAGACGAAUGAGAUAUUUUUUAUUCGCUAUUUAAUUGUUAUACAAGUUACAACAGCAGUGUUGCUAUGAAAAAUAAUUCGAGACCCUAAAUAUAAACUGUAAAUGUGAUUAUGUAGAUAGUAUUCAUUGAACUGUCAUUCUAAAUUUAAGGAACGUCUUUAUUUUCAUUUGCUAGAAAAUUACAGCAGUUCUAUACCGUUAGGCUGUUUAUUUUAACAUAAAAUGUGUAACAUGAUUAUAACACGAUGAUAUUAACACCUUGACAAGUAUACAAAGACAAUUCAGAAGCGUUUGACGUACCUAAAAUGAUCUACCUGAUGUAAAACACUCAAAGGUUACCAAAACAACCAUCAUUCAGGAAAUCAUCAUUCAGGUCACUUUGUUUUGUAAUAUCCAGAUAUUCUUUUUCGAAAAGGUUUUCAUAAAAAGUUUGAAGUUUAAAAACUACAAACAAAUAUAUAUUGGUUGAGAUCCCCUUAUUUGAAGUCGGUCUUAAUAUCAAUAAAUUUAAUUAACAUGCGGUAUAAAAAGCUCAAUUCAUGUUGCACAUACUAAGCACCUUGAAAGAAUAAAACAGCCCUAUUAGGCUGAGUGGCACAAUUUAACGUUAAAUAAUAAUAAUGUUAUUAAAAUAUAAGUUUGAUAUCCUAAUAAGAUCCAUAUUAAAGUAUUCGCGUAAUACCAAUUGCAGAAUAUAUCAUUUUGAAAGGUACAUUGCCAAUUUACCUGCUUCGGGCACCGGGGACCGAUGAACAAGAUCUUUUACUGGCCGUCGGUCACCGGUGCCCAAUUUAAAUUUAUCACAGAAGGCAUUGAAAGAAAUUGAAUUAGAUAGUAACGUUACGUUGUGCAACCCACCCUUAGUUAAUUACCUAGUUAACUUAUUACGUUUUGUUAUAAAAUUUUGACUUCAUAGUUUAACACGUAGUAUUCUAUUUAUAGGCAAUUUUAAAGUUUAUAUUUUCCUAUUUUUAGGAAACGAAUCUAGGUUUAGAAUACUGAGUUACCUACAUGAUGCUAUGUUUACGUUAGUUUUACGCUAUUUGUUACAUUGCCACAAUAUAACUGUAAUAUAUUCUUAAGUGGACUAUUUCUAGAUGUAUUAUAUGUUAGAUAUUUUUUUAGUAAAUUUUUAUAUAAAAUAUUAGUUUUUUCUUUUUUUUUACCUUACCAUCCAUAUCUUCAUUUAUUCUUGAUGUCUUUUGAUUCCGAAUUAAAAUUCGGGUAUCAAAAGACAUCCCUGGUAUACAA